AGUAUAUAUUAUAUAUAUAGGUUAUAUAGUUCAACAAUAUUUAUACUUUAGAUAUUAACCCCGUACCUGACAUAUAGUUUGUAAAAAAAAAAUUCUCCCAUUUUUUAGAUUUUUUUUUAUUUAUUAUUUUUUUGUGCCAAAGCUUUAAAUUGGGCCUCCCCGGUGGCGCAGCUAUUUAGCGCUGGGUUGCGAAGCUGCCCGCAGCCUCUGCAGCGCUGGUUCAAUCCCCGGCUGCUCCCCUGCCACCGGAGGAGGGUCCCACAUGGUGCUCAGACCUUUCCUGCCGCCCGCUGCUCCCCUCAGCAGUGUACUUCCGUUCUUCUGCCUGCUCUGCUCCCCGCUCCGGCUCUGGUGAAUUCUCUCACCCUCCCGCACUUCUGACUGUACCCAGUGCUUGUAUAAACAAACAAACAAACAAAUAAAUAAAUCUUAAAAAAAAAAAAAGCUUUAAAUUAUGAUGUAGUUCCACUUUUGGUUUAUUUGUUGGUACUAAGAAUGUUGUUUCAUUUCCAAAAAAUCUUUUUCAAGACUUAAAGUGAGGAACUUCUCUUUUCUUGUAGGAGUUUUAUGGUCAGGCUUUCUGUUGAAGUAUUUGAUCCAUUCUGAGUUAAUUUUUGUGACUAGUGUAAGAUUGAAAUUCAGUGUCACUUUCCUGCAUUUACUUAUUCAGGUUUCCCAACAUGACUUGAAGGUACAACCCUUGCCAAAUAGUUGUUCUUGGUUCCUUUAUCAAAUAAGAGUCAGCCAUGCAUGUGGGAGUUUAAUUUAGGGCUUUUUGUUUCAUGGGUCCAGUUGUCUGUUUUAUCCCAGCACCAUGCUGUUUUCGUGAUUAUGGAUAUGUAAUGGAGGUUGCAGUCAGGAAGCGUGAUGCCUCCAGCUCUGUUGUUCUUAGAACUUCUUUGAGUAUUUGGGUGUUUUGUCAUAUAUACAUUUUAGAAAUAUUUUUUCGAUUUCUGCAGAUGCUUCUAUUGGAUUUUUUUUUUGUAAACCUUUUGUGGAAUCUAUAGAUGAUUUAAGUAGUUAGAAUUUUUAAGUCAUUCUUCUGACCCAGGAAUACAAAGAUGUCUUUCCUUUGGUUUGUGUCUACUUCCAUUUCUCUCAUCAGUGUCCUAGAGUGUUCAGUGUUGAGACCUUACCCUCCUGUGUUAAACUUAAUGCUGCUUUACUAUUUUGAUCUGAUGCUUUUGAAAGUGGGAUAGUUUAUAAGUUUCAGAGGUUCCCUUAAUAGUAUAUGGAAAUGCAACUGAUUUUUGUGUGUCAACUUUGUGUCCUGCAAUUUUAAUUUGUUGAUUACUUUCAACAGCUUUUUAGUUGAAUCUUUAAAAAUUCUUUUAAGGUAAUGUCAUUUUUUAAUUUUUGCUUUUAUUUCCCUAGUCAUAGGAGUCAAGUCUCCAAAAACAUCUUUGUCAUUGAAUGUAUCAUCAAUUUUUUCUUCAACAUGUUUUAUUGUUACAGUUCUUAUAUCUAAGUUCUUCAACCCAUUUUUAAAUUUAUUUUUGUGCAUGGACUUUGUUAUCUAACUUCAGAUCUUCUACAUAUGGCCUUCCAGUUUUACCAGCACAAUUUGUUAAGGAGACUCUACUUUACCCAUUGUAUAGUCAUACCUGUUUUAUCACAAAUUAAGUGGUGCUAUGUAUAUGGAUUUAUUUCUGGGCUUUUGAUAUUUUUUAAGAUUUAUUUAUUUAUGCACAGAAGAACUGGGGUGUAGGCCAGAGGUGUGGUGGGUGAGAGGGAGCAGAACAGGCAGAUCUACUGAAAUACACUGGUGAGGGGAGCAGCGGGGGAGACAGAAGAGGUCUGCUGCACCAUGCGUGUAGCUCCCUGGCUGGGGAUCUAUCUCAGGCUAUACCAGUGAUAGUGCUGAGACUUAACCCCUACACCACCGGGGAUGCCCUGGGGUUUGGAUUCUGUUCUCAUUGAGGUAGGUGUAUAUUUUCAUGGUAAUAUGAUAUUGUUUUAAUUAACAUCACUUUAUAGUAUAGUUUAACAUCAAAAAAUGUCAUACCUCCACUUUUCUUUUUUCUCUGGAUUGCUUUUGCUGUUGAGGCCUUCUAUGGUUUCAUAUAAAUUUCAGUAUUUUUUGUUAAAUUUCCUUGUGUGUAAUUGGUGUUUUGCAUUGCAUUGGAUUGCAUUAAAUUUAUUUCUUUAGGAAGAAUAGUAAUUUUAAUUAUAUUGAUUCUCCUAUCCAUGAGCAUGGACUGUCUUUGCAUCUCCUUGUGUCAUGAUCUAAACCGUUUAUAAUGUCUUGUAGUAUUUCUUGCCUAGGUUCUUCACCUCACUGAUUAGGUUAAAUCUGAGAUAGCAGAUUCUUUGUGAAGCAGUUGUUUAUUUCUUUUUUUUAUAUAUAUAUAUAAACAUACAAUAGAUUUUUCUUUCGACUAUUUGAGCUGAGUAGAAGAGGACUGUUUCAUGCCUAAACCUGAGGUUGGGCCCCAAAGAGAACUGGUCUUGCUCUCCUGAAUAUGAUGAGAGUGCCUGGGAAAUGGAAAGCCUAUGACUCAUAGGGCUUUCUGGAUCUUGUAUGUUAAUUUAACAGAAGACCAACUUGAGCUUUGAAGAGCCAAACAAAUACCCAGAGGUCAAAAGAGUAGACAAAGGAGGUUUGUGGAGAUGAGGAGGGAAAGCAAAAAAAGUACCAGAGAACCAAAGACAUCACUGAUCAAAUAAUGGCCUCACGUAGGACCGCCUAAGAACACAAUAAAAGACGACAGUGGGAAUACUUUAUUUAUACCAUUUAUUGAUGACAGAGUUACAACUGGAAACAAAUAAUCUUUUGACUCAAAUGCCUUAGUUUAUUAAGUGAACACUUCUCUGCAACAUAACGUGCAAAAGAUGUCCCCUCUCCCCGUCUAGGAGCGCCAGGGUCUACACAGACAUCUCAGCAGAGAUUCUCACAAGCCCCACUCUGUAUCAUAUGGAGCAAUUGUUUUGUGUGUGAUUUUAUUACCUGUAUCUUCUGCAUGAUGAACCAUAUUUUAGCCGGACUUCUUGGAACAGAUGUGCUCACAUGGAAGAACAGUGUUACUUUUGGUUAAUGGGUGAGCACUUAUCCUUCACUAUAAAUGAUGGUGACAGACAGUUUAGCUUCUGAAUAUAGAACGGUCUGUCCAAUGCUAUAUUUUUUCGGUAAAGUUUCUUUUUGGUCCUUGAUGCCUUAAUUUCUUCCCUCUGGUUUUCGGGAAAAGACAGAGGGAGGGGUGAAACAUGGACCGGAGACCUCGGUGGCAGACAUCUAGCCGAGACCAUUUUAACCAGUGAUGGAGUUGUCUGGGCAGUCACUUGCUUAGCAGAGAGUUCUUGGCAUGGAAUUAAAAUGGAACUUUUGGGACUCUUGAAGUCUUUGUAAGUUGCAAUCAAUUGUUUCGCAGAGGUGGAGCUUUUUAGAGAUGGCCUAGAACUCCACUUGUAUUUCCCAGCAUUGCUCCAGUUCCAUUUUGCAGCAUUUUGUUCCAGGCUGAAAGGACCAGAACUGCUUUUCCUUUUUUCUCGAUUUUUAUCUAUACCCAUUGUCUGAAGACUUAAAGAGUCAGAAAGCUUUGGCUGUCUCCCUUUGGAUAGAGCUUUGGAGGAAGACGGUCGUUCAUUAACUGCCAGGGUGCAGAAGGUGGAGGGCAGCCUUGGCCGCUCUUUUUGUACAGUCAAGUGUUGUACUCUUUCCAUUUCCAGUAAACGGGUUAUCAAGCGAUCAACAGAGCUUUCUGCAGGUUCCAUGGUCCCUUUCCAACUCUCAGAUUUUGAAAGGGCCAAUUUGUGCAAGUCCAGGGUGUUGAAAGGAGGAGGGAGAAAAUCAGGAUACGGGAAUACCUCACUCGAUUCCUCUGUGAAAGGCUCUUCAACGGUGUCUAUUGUCUCUGGUUUUAAGUUCAGGUCCAUCUUUUUAAAAUAGCUCAGUAAAGUGUCAUUUGCUUUUUCAUUUUCUGAUAAAUCGCUUUCAUCUGUUAAAUUUUCUUCCACGCUGCUGUUUCCAUAUUUCAAAUUCCAGUUCAGCGGAGAGAAAAUGUCACUGUUGAUGUCUUCAGUUGAAUACAAAGUAAGGCGAGGUUCCAUUCUGUCCUUAAAAAAGUCUCCGUCAGCGUAGGGCCAGCAGAGACCUAAAGGCAUCUGCAGACUAGGGUAGGAACCAAUUUGCUUAUCAACUGAGGCACUAAGAGGGUCGUUCAUCGUAAACAGCCUUCUGGAAUUAUUGGUUACAUUAAAGCCAGUCUCCAUUGAAGAUUUCUUGAAAUCCCUGAAAAAAAUGAUUUCAUGAAUGAAUGACUUGUUGCCUGGAAUGAAAAUGCUGUCAAAAUGAUAACAAAUAACCUUUAUCAAAGACUGUUUAAUGUUUAGUUCCCAGUGACACAUUGAUCUACCUAGCUGUAACAGAAAUGUUAAUUUCCUAAUAUGCCUUAAUCACAGUGAAAUGUAUGCAAUUUUGAAAAGUAUAGAUUGAGAUAUUAACUGGGCAUUCCAUUGUCCAUUCUCAGGUGGAGAGCAAUCUAGUGCCUGAGGAACACUAGACUAAUUUUAUAUAUUUAUCUUUGAACAUAUUGUACAUGCAGUUAAGAAGUCUGAAAAAGAGGCUAUCCAGUGCAAACUGAAAUUACAGUGAAAUGUCUAUUGGCCUAGAGUUAGAUAAAAAGAGACACUUAGGGGCCUCCCUGGUGGCGCAAGGGUUUAAGCACCGCACUAUGAAGCAAACCGCAGCCACUGCAGCAUGAGUUCGAUCCCGGCCAGCCAGGAAGCAACCCACAUGGGGCAGCAGAUCUCUCCUGUCUCACCUGCUGCUCCCCUCAGCCGUGUACUUCGGUCAAUCUGCCCAUUCUGUUCCCCACUCUAUCUCUGGUCGAUCCUCUCACCCCCCACGCCUCUGGCCUAUACCCGAGCUCUUGUAUACAUAAAUAAAUAAAUCUUUUUUUAAAAAAAAAGACACUUAGAAUGUUACCUAAUGAAGGUUACUUAAUAAAGGGUUUUACUUUAGUCAUUAUGCUUUUAAGAUUUUAUUUAUUUAUUUUUGCGUAGAAUUGGGGUGUCGGCCAGAGGUGGGGGGCAGGUGAGAGGAUUCACCAGAGACAGAGUGGGGUGUGGAACAGGCAGAUCUACUGAAAUAUACUGCUGCGGGGAGCAGUGGGCGAGAAAGGAGAAGUCUGCUGCACCCACUUCAGUCCCCAGUGAGGACUGAACUCAUGCUGCUUCGGAGGGGAUCGCAGUGGUAAUGCUGAGGCUUACCCCCAAGACCACCAGGGAGGCCCUAUCCAUUAUGCUUUUUAAAAAUUAUUCUAAUAUACAAAGAAACAAGACAAUGGCUAUUAAAAAUUACUCCAGACAUAGCCCACAGUAAUGUUCACCUGAUGGUGCACUUUUGUUUUAGGAGUAGGUAGGAGAGACGUGGCGAGGCAGACCUCUCCUGUCUCGCCUGCUGCUCCCCUCAGCAGUGUAUUUCAGUCAAUCUGCCUGUUCUGUUCCCCACUGUGUCUCUGGUGAAUCCUCUCACCCCCCACAUCUCUGGACUGUACCCCACGUCUUGUAUAUGCAUAAAUAAAUAAAUCUUAAAAAAAAAAAGAGCAUGAAAUUUGGAGGUUAGAAGACUAGAUUAGAAGACUAAUCUUUCACGGAUGCCCAACUUCUAACUCUGCCCUUUAUCAGGCCCUUCCAGUAUCAAUAAUGAAAAGCUAUAAACACAUUAUUCUGGGUAGUCCCGCAACAACCUCGUGAGACAGGCACUUUGAUUUUCUACCUUUUAUGGGUAAGGAAACUGAGGCACAGACAGGUGAGGUUUGCGCAUCUAGUAAGUGGAAGAGCUGGGAAUCAAAGCCAUGUGCUGGGACCCCAGGUCCGUGGCCUUGGCUGCUGCCCUUGACUGCCUCAGUUUGUGUUUGCUCCUCUGUCCAUGUGAUAAAAUUGACUUAAUUUGACCUCUCAUUGAAAUUCCUGUUCCCAGCUGAGUUCUUUCCAGUCUCUCCUACCCUGCAGGCACCAGUUUUCCACUGAACAUUAGUCACUGUGCUUCCCAGAUUCACCCCUGAAAUUCCAGCCUGAGGGAGGUGGUUUUUAUUUUCAGACACAGGUCCUUCUGAAUCCACGCUCCAGUGAGAGAGGACUCGGUACAGACCUCUGGCAGAGAGAAAGCAGCAAGGGGCCUCUGCAGAAGGGGCAAUAGGGGAGCCGCUACCUAAACACUCAAGGGGAGCCGCUACCCAAACACUCAAGUUCAACAGCAUCUGCCAUACCUCAUGAGAGAUGUCUGAGGCCCGCAGGAUUCACUUCAGACCAAGGGAGGCCAGUUUUGCCCUUCGAGUAUCUCUUACUUGGAUAGCGUGAGUCUCUCAACCCUGAGACGGCCUCAUCGUCUACUGCUGUGCUGGUCCGCGGCAGGUGGCGCCUGAACGUGGGGCCCGAAUUCAAAUAUUGCUGAGUUUUUCCACCCAAAGGAGAGGUGAGUAACGAAGAGAUUGCGCUUGGGUAAGCUAUCUCCCUUCUUGUGUGUGAGUGUGAAUGUGAUUCCCUUAAAAAUACCCUCUUUUAAAAGUCAGGGAUAGGAUCCUCACUGAAGCGUCCGGAGCUUGCUGAUAAAGGGUGAUCAGUUUGAAAUAGUGAGAAGUUUUUCUAAGAGUGAAUGCUCGUGGUGCUGUGUGUGUGUGAGAGUGCAUGAAUACGGCUCCACGGCCUCGUAGCUACGGAGUCUGAGUGGGCUGCACCCGCGAUUCCCGUGGAGGAAGUCAUAUGGCAUAACGGUCAUCUGCUCUUCGGAGUAGCCUGGUCCGGGACUUAUACGGACAGACCUUAGCUAAGACGCCUCCGCAAGUUCCCGCGAGGGACACGGGCCGGACAGCACAGUUGAAAGAAAUCUCUGCUUGAGUGAACGAAAGCACCACGAGACCAUGGGUCAACAGCAGACCAAAAAUAGAGAUCUUUUUCUAUCUAUAUUAAAAAAUAUGAUUGAAACACGAGGUAUUAAGGUAAAUAAAAAAGCUCUACUGCAACUUUAUGAAUUCAUAUUACGGGUAUGCCCGUGGUUUCCAGAAGAAGGCAGUCUGUCACUGGAAACUUGGAAGAAAGUAGAAAAAGAAGUGAGAGAGUUUUAUGGCCUUCAUGGACCGUCUCAGGUUCCGAAACAGGCUUUGUCUUUGUGGGUACAAGUUAAAGAUCUGCUGGUUGAUGCCACUGACGCAGAAUUGUGGGAAGGCCAACAGGAUGAAGUUCAGGAUAAUCUUAAAAACAAUAAUGAUCCAAACACGUCAUUAUUCGCUCAAGCCUCUGCUCCCGUAUUGAAGGAAUCCCUUUCCCAGUCAGAGGAUGAGUUUAAUGAUCAUGAAUAUACUGAAAUGCUAGAUAAAUUGACUUUCAAAAAUGAUAAACCCUCCCGCCCAACCGCUAACCUUUUUCCAGUUGUUACCAAACCUACAAUUGCAUUAGAUAAUAAUCCUAAUCAUAUCAAGGCCCAUCGAGGGCCGCUGGGUGGCAUUCUAGGAUCAGCAAGGGAGGCCAGUAAGACGGGAGAUUUUUCAUUUGCCUUUCCCGUGGCCGGACCUCCGACUUUGACUCGUGCUGAUGACGAUGGCCCUGCAUGGGAGGCCAUCCCUAUAAAAACCCUAAAAGAAUUACAGUUAGCUGUUCAGACAACAGGUCAUAACUCCCCUUAUACUUAUCAAAUUAUUGACAUGCUAUCGGCCACUUGGAUGACCCCUUAUGAUUGGCAUAAUCUUGCCAAGGCUGUACUUCCCUCGGGAAUGUAUGUAUUAUUUCGCAUGGAAUAUGAGGACCAAGUACAUGCCUUCUUUAAAAAAUAUGAUGAUGAGGUCAAGGCUGAGAAAAUUUCCCUUUCUAUGUUCAUGGGAACAGACAAAUAUACUGAGGUACGCAGACAGACUGCCCUACCAAAAGAUGUCUUAGUCAAAAUUAAUAAGUUGACUGGAAAAAUCUUCCUUCACCUGAACAUAAGCCUGCUAACCUUACUGAUAUACACCAAUGCCAGGAUGAAAUGUACCAGGAUUUUGUGGCCAGAUUAAAAAAUGCUCUGGAUAAGGUUCUUCCAUCUUCCAGAGUACAACAUUUGUUGUUUAAACAACUUGCAUGGAAAAAUGCUAAUUCCCUCUGUAAAGAACUAAUUAGACCUGAAAAAAAAAAAAAAUUCAAAAACUUAUGGCUGUCUGUAUCCCUAAAUAACAUCAAAGAGGACUCAGCUGACAGCCCCAUAUCAACAGAACAAUUACCUAAACAGAUAGGUCGUUUUUUUUUUGCCUGGCUGGAGGCAAAAUGAAAGAUGCAAAACAAAAGGUAAAAGAGAAAAUAGCCUGCAGUAUUAGAGAAAGUGAUCAGGAUUCUUGAAAUAGUUAAAUUGUUUUUCAAAAGCCAAAAGUCAAUCUGACUCCCAAUUAUAAAACCAUUCCAAAAUCCAGCCCAAAUUUCCAGCUCGGACUUGACUAAAAUUGUUGAGAUAAAAAUAAAAACUCAAAAACAAAUAAGAGAUAAUGUGACAUGAUCUUAAAUGGAAAAAAAAAAAAAGCUCCAAUCUUUUCCUGUUAAUUAUUUGGGGAAGAGGCUAGGUUCCCCCUGGUGAAGUUUUGCCAUUUGUUUCUUUAAAAAUAAAUAAAUAAAUAAAUAAAUAAGGCAUUUAUAAAUAAUAGUAUUCAAAGUUCAUUCACAAUUGUUAAAGUGAUAAAAAUGGUUAAAUAUGAGUGUAUGAGACUAUAUGACUAUAAUAUGACUAAAAGGUUUUUAUUAAAAUAGUAUAAACCCACUGCAGUGGGCUGGUGGAGGCUGCCCUUGAUCUCAACAAGCAGCUGCCUGAACUUUUUCUCCAGUGUUGGGAUCACUGACAGGUCUCUACUACCUUCCUGCUGUGAAGGACUAAACUUUUCUAUUAUCCAUCCACCUUAAAUAACUAUUUUGGUUCAUUCUAAAAAAAAAAAAAAAAAAAGUUCCAUUUCCCUGUGUUUCUCUGAUUUUAAAGUCUAAAUUGUCUUAGGUAAAACUGCUGAGUUACUUUUGACGUGCUAACAAACUAUACAAAAUGCUAUUGGUUAAAUAAAAGCUUUUAAUUUUAUUUAUUGGACCUGUAAAAAAUUAAGUUUCUUGUUAAAACAAACUAACCUGGUAAAACAUAAAGUAAUAAUACAGACAUUUUUGAGCUAAAUUCUAAACCUCAAAUUUUACAGGCAGACUGUAAAAAUUUAUCUCUUCUCCUGUUUUCAAGAUAACAGUGUUCUUUUAUGUUUUAAAAUAUGACCGUUCCCAGUGAGAUAAUGUGUUAACAACCUAAAGCCAAAAAAUCAUUUCUUAAAAAUGUAAACUCCAAAAAUAUUUUCUUAUCAAAAAUAAUUAGUAAAAACUGCCAUGACUGCUGUGGUCUCCAGCCCAAAGUCUUUGGUAAUAAUUAAAAUUAAACACUUAUUCUGUGUACAGAUUUUAACUGUUAACUCAUUAAAAACCUCAGUAUCUUCAUACAUAUUGGUAAAAUAAUUGUGUUUCAAAAUAUAUGCACAUGGCCAAAAUUUUAAAUGUAUAUUAAAAAAAAAAAAAAAUCUCUGUAUCUGUUUGUCUUUCUUUGUGUUUGUUUUGUUUUUUACCUCCGGAGGACUAGUUAUAAACGGCGCCUAUAUAAGUUCUAAUAAAAACAAAUUUUGAGAUCAUAAUCCAAAUUUUUAAUAUACAAGAGCUAGUUCAAAUCUUAUGAUAUAAUUCAAAGCAUAUAUCCUUAAAGUUAUAGUGUUAAAUAUUAAUAAUCUACUCUGUGUAAAUGUAUCUUUAAAG